GCGGCUGAUGCGCUAGCCGAGUGGGGCCCUCCGGGCGGCGACGGCGGCUCUCGUAGGCGGUUCCGGUCCUGUAUCUCCGGGCGGCGGCGGCUCAUGGCGGCGACGGAGCUGAGAGGAGUAGUGGGCCCGGGCCCGGCAGCCAUUGCGGCCCCGGGCGGCGGCGGCGGCGCCGCCGGUCCCCCCAUGGUGGGAGGAGGCGGCGCCGGCGGCCGCGGAGAUUCGGGGUCGGGCUCCGGGAUCGCCCCGGGCACGGUGGCCGCGGUGGCUACGGGCGGCCCGGGCCCCGGGGCCGGGGGAGUGGCGGCGGCGGGCCCGGCUCCUGCGCCGCCGGCGGGGGGCUCGGGCGCUGGAGGUUCGGGCUCGGCUCGCGAGGGCUGGCUCUUCAAAUGGACCAAUUAUAUCAAAGGCUACCAGCGGCGGUGGUUCGUGCUGAGCAACGGGCUCCUGAGCUACUACAGGUCAAAGGCAGAAAUGAGACAUACCUGCCGUGGCACCAUCAACCUCGCCACAGCCAACAUCACGGUGGAGGACUCCUGCAACUUCAUCAUUUCCAACGGGGGCGCUCAGACCUACCACCUGAAGGCGAGCUCGGAAGUAGAGCGGCAGCGCUGGGUCACAGCCCUGGAACUGGCCAAGGCCAAGGCUGUGAAGAUGCUGGCGGAAUCAGAUGAGUCAGGAGACGAAGAGUCGGUCUCGCAAACCGACAAGACCGAGCUGCAGAACACCCUGCGGACGCUGUCCAGCAAAGUGGAGGACCUGAGCACGUGCAACGACCUGAUCGCCAAGCACGGCACGGCGCUGCAGCGCUCGCUCAGCGAGCUGGAGUCCCUGCGGCUGCCGGCCGAGAGCAACGAGAAGGUCAAACAGGUCAACGAGCGGGCCACACUCUUCAGGAUAACGUCCAACGCCAUGAUCAACGCCUGCAGAGAUUUCCUUGUGUUAGCCCAGACCCACAGUAAAAAGUGGCAGAAGUCCCUGCAGUAUGAAAGGGACCAGCGUAUCCGCCUGGAAGAGACCCUGGAGCAGCUAGCAAAGCAGCACAACCACCUGGAGAGAGCCUUCCGAGGAGCCGCCGUGCUGCCGGCAAACGCCGCUGGCACUGCUGGUUCUGGCAAAGGUCAGUGCUGCUCUGGCAAAGGAGACGUGAGUGAUGAGGAUGACGAGAAUGAGUUCUUCGAUGCUCCUGAAAUCAUCACCAUGCCUGAAAAUUUGGGCCACAAACGUACUGGCAGCAACAUCAGCGGAGCCAGCAGUGACAUCAGCCUUGAUGAACAGUACAAGCAUCAGCUGGAGGAGACCAAGAAGGAAAAGAGAACGAGGAUACCAUACAAGCCAAACUAUAGCCUCAACUUGUGGAGCAUCAUGAAGAACUGCAUCGGGAAAGAACUCUCCAAGAUCCCGAUGCCGGUAAACUUUAAUGAGCCCUUAUCCAUGCUUCAGCGCCUUACUGAAGAUCUGGAAUACCAUGAGCUGUUAGACCGAGCUGCAAAGUGUGAGAACUCUCUAGAACAGCUCUGUUAUGUUGCAGCUUUCACCGUGUCCUCCUACUCCACUACUGUCUUCCGUACCAGCAAGCCAUUCAACCCACUCCUUGGGGAGACCUUUGAGCUAGACCGAUUAGAGGAGAAUGGGUACCGAUCCCUCUGUGAGCAGGUGAGUCAUCACCCCCCUGCGGCUGCACACCACGCCGAGUCCAAAAACGGCUGGACACUGCGCCAGGAAAUCAAGAUCACCAGCAAGUUUCGAGGCAAAUACCUCUCCAUCAUGCCCCUGGGUAGCAUCCACUGUAUCUUCCACGCAACCGGGCACCACUACACUUGGAAAAAAGUUACCACAACGGUGCACAACAUUAUCGUGGGCAAAUUGUGGAUUGAUCAGUCUGGUGAAAUCGAUAUUGUGAAUCACAAGACAGGAGACAAGUGCAAUCUUAAAUUUGUUCCUUAUAGCUACUUCUCUCGGGAUGUAGCAAGAAAGGUGACGGGGGAAGUGACAGAUCCAUCAGGAAAAGUUCACUUUGCCCUGCUGGGGACGUGGGAUGAGAAAAUGGAGUGUUUCAAAGUACAGCCAGUCAUCGGGGAAAAUGGGGGCGAUGCUCGGCAGCGAGGCCACGAGGCAGAGGAGAGCAGGGUCACGCUGUGGAAGCGGAAUCCUUUGCCGAAGAACGCAGAGAACAUGUACUACUUCUCAGAGCUGGCUCUAACGCUCAAUGCCUGGGAAGCCGGCACCGCCCCCACGGACAGCCGGUUACGGCCCGACCAGAGGCUGAUGGAGAACGGGCGCUGGGAUGAGGCGAACGCUGAGAAGCAGCGCCUGGAGGAGAAGCAGAGGCUUUCCAGAAAGAAGCGAGAAGCCGACGCUGUGAGAGCCACGGAGGACGGCGCGCCCUACGACCCCUACAAGGCUCUGUGGUUCGAGCGGAAGAAGGACCCCGUCACCAAGGAGCUAGCCCACGUCUAUAGGGGGGCGUACUGGGAGUGCAAGGAGAGGCAGGACUGGAGCUCGUGCCCGGACAUUUUCUGAACCGGCCCUGACCCUGACGAGAGGAGGAGCCAAAGGAGAAGAGGACCGAGGGUGCACGGGGAAGCUGGCAGUCGCGACCCUCUUACCCAGAGCGUCCCUCAAGCUGGUCUGUCUUAACCAAUCAUUUUUUCCAAAUCAAUCACCAGGAGCAGACACCGUGGGUGGUGAUUGGCUGGUGGCCUUAGCUGAUUGAA